UAAUGGCUGACUGUGACUGCAAGUUUUUCAAAACCAAAAUUUUCUUAUUAUCAAUUUUCGAGUAUUGAAAAUGCCUCGUUUUUAACACAAGUAUUUUCAAAAUAUUCAAAAUUCAACAGUGAAUAAGUGAAAACUAAAAUGCUUUCACUUUUGCAAGAGAAAAGACCCCUAAAACGUCCUCGUUUGGGUCCACCCGAUGUCUACCCACAGGAAGCCAAACAGAGGGAAGAUGAGCUUACUCCGAACAAUGUUAAACACGGAUUCACAGCCAUACCCCAGUUGAACUCUGAAGAAUUUGGAACGGCCCAUAACAGCAAUGUAAAUGCCAGUAAAGUGGGAGCAUUCUUCAAUGCCAUCGUGGCCAAGAAGGAGGAACUGAUGACGCUUCAGGACAGUGGUCGCAAGAAACAGCAGGUGAAUUGCAAAGACAACUUCUGGCCUGUUUCGCCACGUACUAAGAGUGCCCUUGAUGCUUGGUUCAAAGACCUGGCUGGUAACAAGCCUUUGCUUUCGCUCGCAAAGAAAGCGCCGUCUUUUAACAAGAAGGAGGAGAUUUUUGUAAUCCUGUGCGAUAACCAGGUCAGUAUGCAGCGGGCUACAUGGUUCAUCAAACUCAGUGCCGCCUACACUGUCUCCUUCACCGAAUCGAAGAACAAGAAAAGGAGCAUCUAUGAUCCGGCGGUCGAGUGGACCGGCAAUUUGAUCAAAUUCAUGAAGGAACUGCUUCCCAAAUUACAAGAUCAUUUCCAUAAUGGUACUAUGGACAAAAAUUCCUCUCACCAAACAUCAGGCAUGGGACAUACUCCUAACUCGAUUCCCAUCACUUCAAUGACAAGUCCAGUACCGAUGCUUAGUCCGGCCAACAACAGUACCCCUGGUCUAACCAACUUGUCCACACCUCAAGACGAUGGAAAGAAUGCCGUCAAGUACUGGAACUACUGCACCCAGCUGAGUAAAUACAUGCACGAGGAGUCGCUUCUCGAUCGUCAAGAAUUCCUCAACUGGAUUCUUGAUCUGUUGGACAAAAUGCGCUCGCAGAACUCUGACAACGGACUAAAAAAACUAAUUCUAACUUUUGCCCUCCAGUAUAUGCAAGAUUUCGUGCAAGCCGAACGAUUGUGCCGAAAACUAGCUUACAUCGUCGCCAAAAAACUUACAAGCUUAUUGCAUUCCGUAGUCGAUAGUCAAGCUGCUGCCCUUGCUGCAGUCGAAAAGAUUCCCAUAAAAGUUGCACCGGGUGAAAGCUGCGAAAUGGAUAAAACCAAGAAUCCCGGCAUCGAUCCGUUUGAGAGUGCAAUCAAUGAUUACAUGACAUGCGCCCAUCAUCGGGACAUUGUUCUCUUUCUGAGUUCGAUCUUGCAAGUGAUAACCAUCGAGUGUCCGACCGCAAUGGUUUGGUGUGGCAUUGGAGAGAACAGAACUCCGUCGGCUCUGCAUGGAAGUCCGUUGGAUAACCUACCCAUUGCGCCGUCCAUGCUUCCCAUGCCCAAUAAGUGUGAGUUCACCAACAACGAAAUACGGAAGCAGCUGAGAUGUGCGGAAAGCGAAAUUAUUUUGCGCUCGAAACACGCCGAGAAUCGUUGGUGUGCUGAAAAGUGGCAAAAUGCAAACAAAAACUCAUAUUCCAAGGUCUUGACGAUUUUGGAUCACUUGGAUUCUCAUUGCUUCGACAAAAUGGAUCCAAGUAAUUCAAUUGAAUCGUUGUACGCGAAGAUAUUCACGCCGUUCAGUAUGAUUAAGCAAGAGAUGGGAGCUAAUGGAGAAAUGAAAGAAGUAAAGGUUGAAUAUGAUCCUAAGCAGGGUGCAGAUACAGUGAAGAUUCUAUGCGAGUGGGCGGUGUCUUCUCAAAGGUGGGGUGAACAUCGUGCCAUGGUUGUUGCGAUUCUCCUGGACAAGCGCCAAAUGGAAGUAACCACACCACCCGACAAUGAUUACGCGAAUGGAAACAAUAACAACGAUGACAAGGACUCGAUAGCAUCUGGUGUGGGUCUGAUUGGUGGCCUGCCAGUAUUCCAGUCGGUCCUAAUGAAUUUCCUGGAUCAUGACGCACCGGUGUUGGGUGAAAAUGGCUCCCAACAAAAUCGCACCCAAUUCACCAAUCUCGUUCAUCUUUUUAGCGAGCUAUUUCGCCAUGAUGUCUUCUCAUACAACGCUUAUUUGUGUACACUCAUAUCUCGUGGUGAUCUUCUGAUGGAAAGUGUCAUCUCGAAAACCACUAAUUCCAUAACAGGAACAGGGCCCGUUUCGAACAAACCAUCAUCACCGAACCAGGGUUUUGAGGAAGUCUACGAAGAUUACGAUGAUUCCAAUGUGGACGAUGAUUUGGACAAACUUCUGCAGACUAUCAAGGAAAAGGAUCAGCAGAGUGCCAUGGAAGCGCCGGAUAGCCCCAAGGACCCGGAUCAUGUUGCACAUGGCAUAGGAUCGAACGAUCCUCCGAUUUCCCGACACUUCAUCUAUACAAAGCACUUCCCCAUCCAUCAAGACGACCACUACGCAUCCUACAGCAGUGAAUCCAAUCAGCGAUACAUCCUCCUCUUUGGUGUUGGCAAGGAGCGGGACGAAAAGAAACAUGCCGUCAAGAAAAUGUCAAAAGAAAUCUGUAAACUGUUUUCAAAGAAGUUCAGCAUCGACGUGGCUGAGGGUGGGAAGGUCAAGAAGCAUUCGCGAAGCGAGUUCAAUUUCGAAGCCACCACGAGCAAGUGCCAGAACAUGGCGUAUUUUGACCAGCAUGUGGUCACCUAUCAGUGCGCUGCAACAGUAUUAGAACAGUUAAAUAGCUUCGCCUCGGGAAGCAAUAACUAUUUGCCCGUGCAGGAGCAUGUGGCUUUCUUGUUCGACUUGAUGGAAAUGGCGCUGAACAUCUUCAGUCUGUUGGAUUUGUGUAACCAAAUUUUGAAAGAAUUGCCUGAAGUGGAGAAUCAGCUCAUCGCUAAGAAAUCUAACCUGGCAAAGAGUUACACUACGUCGCUGGGACUGUAUAUUGUGGGAAUCCUUCGGCGGUACCACAGCUGUCUGUUGCUUUCUCCCGAGCAGACUUUUUCUGUUUUCGAGGGACUAUGCAAGAUUAUCAAGCAUGUUAGUGCGCCAAGUGAAUGCAGCUCAGCGGAAAGAUGCAUCCUGGCUUACCUCUCUGAUCUCUAUUCCUCCUGCGCCAUGCUCAAGGGCAAAGCACAGUCUGCUGAACAUUUUCAUGCUGCGUACGCCAAGUUUAAGUUGAUUUUCAACUCUCCCGUUCAAACAUCCAUUACUCCACCAUCCUAUAACGCACAAUUCUUGAACGAUCUGUUCACUGCGCCAAAGCGAGGUGGCAAAAUCGAUCCGAUGUGGGCGCGUCAGUUGAAUGAAUCUCCGCUGAAUAUGUACAGCUUCGUGUGCAAUGCCAUCAUCGCGAUUUGCAGAGAGACCGACAACGAUCGAUUGAACGACAUUGCCAUAUCCUGUGCUGAACUGACUGCCUGUUGCAAUGCUUUGUCACAGGAAUGGGUGGCCGCCCUUGGGGCUUUGUGCAAUUCGAACGGGGAUCCACGCUAUCAAGACCUCUUUAGCCAGAUUGACAUUCAGAACGUCAACAUUCACAAUUCCUUGGCAGUCUUCACGUGUAUCCUUAUUGCCCGCCAUUGCUUUUCCUUGGCGGAUUUCGUCAUGAAGAUAGCUCUGCCAGCUCUGGCCAACGCUUGCAAUGGUGGUGGCGACAUAACAUCCGACGCCGAGGCUGGCGCAAGAUUGACGUGUCAUUUGGUGUUGAAACUCUUCAAAACAAUUGAAAUUCCCCAACCUGGAUUAUAUUCCGUGAGCACGUCGCCGAAUCCAAUAAAUGGGGCGGGCCCAGCCUGUAACAUAAAAUUGAGCUGUGACCGUCACUUGCUCGUGGGUGCUCAUAAAAACAUUCCCAUUGAAGCGGUUUUGGCUGUUUUGAAGGCGAUUCUCUUGGUGGUGGACACCACAGCCCAGAAGACUCCCUCGUCCUCGACUGUGUUCAACAGUGGAAAGCGAAGCGGAUUAAACACACCCGUCCACCCGGGAAGCACCCCGAAGAAUUCGGAUCAUCCGGUAAAUUUGAGUACGAUAUUGGGAACGUGUGAUUUUAGUGUGUUGGGGGAAGCAGAAGAUGCCAUGCAUGGUUCCUCAACAAGUGAUCAGAUUUCCCUAUCGGACUUUGCCCAGCACGUCCUUAAGCAGAUAUGUUCCCAAGAGUAUGUCCUCGAGAGAUGUCUCGAAAACUCGGAGACCCUUUGCGAUAUGAUCAUAGAUGACAUGUUGACAUCGAAGCAAGUUCAGCGACUGUUACACAUGAUAUGCUACGCAGAGAACGAGUACAAUUUAAUCACCGAAAUGGAUCAGAAGGCAAUUAUCGUACGGAUCCUGGAGAACUUAGAGCAGUGGACUUUGCGGAUAUCUUGGCUUGAUUUGCAGCUAAUGUAUCGCCAGACGUCUUCGAACUCCACCGAACUGACGAAUUGGCUGGACACGGUGGCAAGAGCUGCCAUAGACGUGUUCCAAAUUGAUGAAACCGCCGCAAAAAAUCAAAAGACUAAGCCAUCAACAUGGCUAGUAGCUCCACUUGUGUCCAAGCUUACAAGUGCCGUUCAAGGUAGAAUUCUGCGAGUAGCCGGCCAAGUUCUGGAAAGUAUGAACUAUUUUUCGAAAAUCAAAGACUGCGAGGAGAGGGAAAAAAUGGGAGUGAAUAAGAAAAAGCUUCCCAUGAACAAUCAACCAUUUCUAGGAUUGGUGUUGACAUGCCUCAAGGGACAAGAUGAGCAGAAGGAAGGUCUGUUAGUUUCGCUUCAUUCGCAAUUGUCAACGUUUUUGCAAUCCAUAUCAGAGUUUGAAGAAAUAGGAGGAAUCGAUGAUCCCCAAGGAAAAGAGGAAAUGUUAGAUGCCCUGCAGUUGCGUUUCUCAUUGGUGGGUGGAAUGUUCGAAGCAAUACAAAAGAAUGGAACAUCCACAACCGAUUGGGCUAUUCUUCUGGCUCAACUUGUUUGUCAAGGAGUUAUUGAUUUGACCAACAAUAGUGAACUAUUUACAACUGUCGUUGAUAUGCUGGCAACGUUAGUACAUUCCACCUUAGCUUCAGACAGUCAAUCCGAAAGGGACGAGAACAAGAAGCUCUACUUGAAUCUCAUGAAGAAGCUCAAGAAGGAAAUAGGAGAGAAGAACAAUGCUUCCAUUAGAUUCAUACGUCAGCUAUUGCCCCUAUAUAAACAAACAACAGAAGUUAUUGCUUGUGAACCAGCAGGAGUAGAUGCCAAGGACAAAAAGCUUCUUCGUAUAUCAGAUAAGCAACGAAUCAGCGUAUGGGACAUUUUGGAAGGUCACAAAAAUCCUGCACCUUUGUCUUGGGCAUGGUUUGGAGCAGUUAAGCUUGAGAGAAAACCGUUAGCUUACGAAGAAGCUCAUCGUCAUCUUAAAUAUCAUACGCAUAGUUUAGUCAAACCGAGUAACUAUUAUUAUGAACCAUUGCCACUGCCUCCAGAGGAUAUCGAACCUAUUCCGGAAAAAAUUGUGAAGGAUGAAAUGAAAGCAGACACACCAUCGUCUGUUGAUCAGUCGCCAAGUGCUCCAGUUACGGGUAGGGGUAGAGGCAAAGGCAAUCGGAAGCCAAGGAAACCCAAAAAUGCCAAAACGCCUCCGGUCAAUACCCAGAAUCAAGCACAACUAGCACAGCCUCCACAGCAACAACAACAACAGCAGCAAACACAACAACAACAACAGCAACAACAACAGCAGCAACAACAGCAACAACAACAGCAACAACAACAACAGCAGCAACAACAAAUCAAUCCCAAUCAAAUGAAUCCCAUGCAGAUGAACAUGCAAUUUGCUCCAAAUCAAAUGAUACCCGGAAACCCGAACCAAAUUAUGCAGCAGCAACAACAAAUGGCUGUGCCAGGUAAUAUGCAUCAACAGCUUGGACCUGGAAAUCCUCAACAAAAUUCACAAAUGGGUUUUGUGGCUGGUGCUCCGGGAAUGGCACAAGGGCAGCCACAGCAACAACAAUGGCCUGGUUCUGGCUAUCAUCCAAUGCAGCAACAACAACAGCAACAACAAUUCUACAACCAACAAGGAAUGCAAAUGAACCGUUUCGAGAGACCUCAAAUGAACAAUUCGAAGGCUGCCUUGGAAAAGAUGUUACGUCAGCGUCAACCACCAUUUAUGGGCGCUAAUCAAAACAGUGGAUCCGGUUUCAAUAUGCAGCAACAGCAACAGCAGCAGCAACAACAACAACAGCAGCAACAACGUCAACCUCAGACUGUUAUGCAGCAGCAGCAACAGCAGCAACCCCAACAGCAACAGGUGCAGCAGCAGCAGCAACAACAACAGCAGCAACAAUUCAUACGGAGCACAUUGAGAGGAAUAGCUCCCAAUCAGAUGGCAGCCAAUAGUCAAAUGGGCACGUCUAUGAAUCAAGCAAUGGGACAAAUGGGUCAGCCCAAUAUGAGUCAGGGUAUCAAUCCGAAUGCAAUUAUACCACAGCAAUCUCAAAUUCAGCCAACUGGGAUCAGUCAAAAUACUCAAAGUCAACAAGCCAUGGCCAUGGCUCAGGGUGGUAGCAUGAUUGGGUCGAAUAGUUCUGGGAAUAUGAUAAAUCCACAAAGUGCUGGAAUGGUUAAUGCCGGAAUGAGUCAGAGCGCUGGAAUGAUGCAGCAGCAAAAUGUUGGCAUUGUCGGCCAGGGACCUCAAUUCCAAAACUUCAACAGCUACAAUAAUCAGGGUAUGAGCCAACAGGGCAACCAGCAAAGCAUGAUGGGUAGCUUCAAUCAAAUGGGUGGCCAGAGGAGCAAUCCCACCGAAUACUUGGCUCAACAGCGUGCCAUGCCUGCCAAUAGGGGCCAAUACAUGAAUCAGGCGCCAAAUGUUACAAUGAACAGCAUGAUGGCCCAAGGACCAGCCCCGCCGUAUUCGAGACAACAGCCGACCGGGGGUAAGCCUGCAGUUGUGUCGGCGCAGCAAUUCCAGCAACAACAGCAACAUAGAAUCCAUCAUCAAAUGUUGAUGCAAGGAAUGGGUCAGCAGAAUGCUGGACCUGGUAUGGGACAACCACAGACACAGAGUAUGGGGCAACAGCAGACGCCGAAUUUAGUUGCUCAACUUCAGCGGCAGAUGCCCAACCAGCAGGGAAUGAUGGGCCAACAGUUCUCACAACAUCCCCAGCAGUACUAAGUAUUUCAAUUUUCUUUUUUUUGUAAGUUAUUUUUUUAAAUGAAUUUCGUUUCGUCUAUAAAACGACUCAAUGCGAUGUUUAUAAUUUAUUUUGUAAAAUGAAUGAUUUUGAUUCUCCCUUCAAAUUUUUGUGUCGAAAGGAAAAAAGGAAAAUUAUCGUCGAAUAAAAUUAAAAACAUUUAA